AUGAGGUUUGGGCGGAAGGGCAAGUUGACUCCAAGGUACGUUGGGCCGUAUCGGAUCACUCAGAAAGUGGGCAAGCGAGCUUAUCGGUUGGCAUUGCCUGCAGCGAUGUCAAGGAUGCACAACGUAUUUCAUGUUUCCAUGCUCCGGAAGUGCAAUGCAGAUCCAUCUCAGGUGAUUGACCCAGAACCAAUAGUCAUUCAAGAAGUUGGAACGCACGAAGAGAAUCCUACUCAGAUUGUUGAUCGAAAGGAGCAUACCUUGAGGGGUAAGGUGAUUCCAUUAGUUAAAGUGAAAUGGCAACAUCAUGGAGCAGGAGAGGCGACAUGGGACCGUGAGGAGGACGUAAGAGCAAAGUACCCAAAGUUAUUCGAAUCAGAGGAGAAUAAAUCUUUUGGAGGGAUUCCAUCUUGGCCGGAAGACUUCAAGAACAAGAGAGGGCUAAGAAGAUUGGAAAAGGAUCGGAGGAAGGCUGAGAGAAGAGCUGCUGAGGAGAAGAAGAAAGAGGACGUUGGCUUCGUUUUGAGGUAG